AACCACCCCUCUCUUUCUGCUGCUGUUAUUUCUGCUUUACUGAAGCAGGAUUGAGCGGCUUCGGGGGCGAACGCGCUGUGGCAGGAUCAAACUCUAAUUUUUGGGAGGCGAGCGUCUUGGCCAUGUCCACUGGUGGACAUUCGCCCCAGUCCGGCGAUGUGGUUCUCCGUAUGGACCUGCCAACCUCCUUUACCGGCGGGACGCCCCGUGCGCCGGGCAUGCCCGUUGCCUCGGACGAAACGUUGGUCACCAUCAAUUCGGAUGGAUGGCAGAAGAGGGUGAGAGUGCCUGCUGGCGCGAUGGAGCGUGAGUCGAUUCCAGGGAGGACCACAGCUCUAGAGGAGUCGGUGAAGAACUUCGCGGAAAGAAGAUGCCAGUUCGUUGUUUAUCCAGGCAUAGGUAUGCCAAGUGCCGACUCAACGUCCACAGGCAAAAAUGCAUGCAGGAGAUUGCAUGUGGCUGCGCGGGAAAGCCUGUGAAGGAGAACACUAAGACUAUUCGAUGCGGGUGCCCGGCUCUAAUAAGGCUACUUCGCUCAGAGGAUAGAGGUUGGUACAUAUGUGAACACAGAGAGUCGCACAACCAUCCUCUGUCCAACACGUGUGGGGAGAAGAUGCACUGGCAAUCGCAUAGGCACAUAGAUCAGUACACUAAAGAGCUUGUUAAGCAGCUCCAGGAAAACAAUGUUAGUUUGGGCAAGGUUUACAGCAUAAUCGGUAGUUUCUUCGGUUCGUCGGACCAAAUCCCCUUUACAAAACGAUCGUUGAGAACACUGUGCGGUAAGAUUAGUCAGGAACAGUCGGACAACGAUGCCAUGAAAACAAUGGA